AUGUCUGUAUCAAAAUUAGAAUCGCUUCCUAAUGAAAUAUUAAGUCAUAUAUUUGAAAAAUAUAUGAAUGGUGUAGAUAUAUUGGUUGCUUUUGUUAAUUCACAAAACCGACGUUUCGAUGCACUUAUAUCUCAAUGUCGACGAUUUUAUUUUAAUUUUUUUAAUUGUCGAAAAGAUUAUUUUGAUUUUUGUCUUGAUCUUUUACCAACUUAUAUCGAACGAAUAGAAAUAUUAAUUUUAUCUGAACAAAAUACACCUGGUCAAAUUCAUACAUUUUUAUCUUUUUUUCCAUUAUUUAUUUCAUUUAAACGACUGCGUAAACUUUAUUUGGAAUUAAAUAGUAACACUAUUGAUUGGGUAAUAGCUCAACGUGCUAUUAUUUCAUUAUCUCAUACACCUAUUGAUACAGUUAUUCUUAAAGCUAUGGAAACAGCAAAUAUGCCAACAUUAAAUUAUAUUAUUGGUGAUAUAUUUAAAUUUAAAAAAAUUAAACGAAUUAUUUUAAUGAAUGAUUUUCACGGUAAUCAAUGGAAUUUUUCAUCAAAUAUUUCAUCAACAGUUGAAUAUUUAACAAAUUUUGACAAUUCAUGUGAAUUUCAACAUUUACAAUCAAUUUUUCAAUAUACUCCUCAUCUUAAAUAUCUUAAUGUUCGACUUACUUCAAAUUCAUAUUAUGGUUUUUAUUAUUUAUCACAUCCUUCGAACAAUAAUAUUAUAUCAAUGUCUAAUCUUCAUACUGUUAUAUUAUCUUUUCAAUCAAAUGAUUCGACAACAUUUGAUAUAUUAGCACAAUAUCUUAAAGCUAUGCCUGUUUUACGUCGUUUAGAAAUUAAAGCACAUAGCGCACUUCUAGAGGCAAAUGCUUGGGAAUCUUUAUUACAAGUAUCAUUAUCUUUGCUAACUAAUUUUAUUCUCAAGACAACAACAUAUUGUGUUAAUGAAGCUGAUAUUGAAAAGAUCUUAGCAAAAUUUGAUACACCAUUCUGGAAAGCAAAGAAAAACUUUUAUAUGAUGAUAACAAAAACAUAA